ACGGCCAAUCAGAUUGCCGCUUCUCAUCUCGCGGUUUUGUCCAGUCAUGCGUCAGAUCAGCGACCCAGCCAUUAUCCCUCAAACCUCAGGACGAUGGCUCGUGGCAAGAAGAAAGGAGGCCGCCGCGGCGACGACUCGGACUCGGACGAUGCCAAGACUGCACCUCCCGCUGCCCCCGCUUCGGUCGGCGAGACCGACAAGAAGGCGGCUCGUAAGGAGAAGUUGAAGGCACGUAAGGCCCAGCGCCAAGCCGUCAAAGCCAAUGAGGAACAGGCCAGCCAACGCACAACCUCGGACGCUGAACAGGACGACGACGACGAGGAAGACCCGUACGCGCAGGUGGCAGCCAGCAUGAACAAGAAGAAGAACAAAAAGAACAAGAAGAAGGCCGCUGUGAACUUCGCAGCGCUGGUAGACGACAGCGAGAGCGAGGAGGAGCAGGACGAGGAGGACGAGGUGGACGAGUACGCGCAGGUGGCUGCUUCUAUGAGCAAGAAGAAAAACAAGAAGAAAGACAAGAAAAAGCAGCAAGUUGUGGAGAGUGAAGAGGAGGAAGAGCAGGACGAGGAGCAGGACGAGGAGCAAGACGAGGAGCAAGAGACCAAACCCGAGCCUGUGGUGGAAAAGAAGAAGGACAAGAAAGACAAGAAGAAGAGCAAGAAAAAAUUGAUCUCGUCGGACCUGUUUUUCGAUCCCGUGGGCCAACCGGAGGAGGACGACAAGAAAGACAAGAAGAAAAAGAAGAAAAAAUCCAAACUCCCCUUCGAGACCAAUGAUGACGAUGAAGAGGAUGAUGAAGACAGCGGGAAAAAAUCCAAGAAGUCCAAGAAGGAUAAAGAAGGUAAACGUCUCAGCAACAAGGAGCGCAAGCGUCUCAAAGAAGAGCAAGAGCGUCAGGAGCGUGAGGAGGAAUACCACCGAGCUGCUAACCCCAUGGACGGCGCGCAGUUCUCGGUAUCGCAGCAGGCCUUUACGGAGGACUCGAACUGGGAGAACGCUACAGACAUCCACAUCGAGAACUUCAGUAUUAACGCGCACAACAAGUUGCUGUACGACAACGCAUCGCUGCACAUUAACGCAGGCGGUAAGUAUGGUCUCGUGGGUCCCAAUGGUCAGGGUAAGACCACGAUUUUGAAGAUGAUCGCACUGGGUGAACUCAAGAUCCCGCCCAAGAUCGACUGUCUGUACGUGGAGCAGGAAGUCGUGGCUGAUGACACGCGCGCCGUGGACGCCGUGCUGAAGGCUGACGCUGAGCGUUGGGCUCUGCUCGAGGAAGAGAAAUUCCUGCUCGCUGAGCUGGAGACCAAGCAAGACUCGGCUCUGGACGACCGACUGAACGAAGUGUACGAGCAGCUGUCGCACAUGAACGCGUCUGCUGCUGAGGCCCGUGCACGUCGUAUUCUUUUCGGUCUGGGUUUCGACUCGGCCAUGCAGGAAAAGGUCACCAAGGAUUUCUCCGGUGGUUGGCGUAUGCGUAUCUCGCUGGCCAAGGCGCUGUACGUGGAGCCGACGCUGUUGAUGCUUGAUGAACCGACGAACCACUUGGACCUGAACGCUGUCAUUUGGCUGGAUGAUUACCUGCAGAAGUGGAAGAAGACGCUGCUUGUAGUCUCCCACGACGCCGAUUUCCUGAACAGUGUGUGUAGUGAAGUGCUGCACUUGGAGAACAAGAAGAUUGCGCACUACAAGGGCAACUACGACAUGUUCCGUGAGAUGGAGAAGCAGAAGCGUAAGCAGAUGGAGAAGGCCUGGGAGAAGCAGCAGAAGCAGCUGCGUAACCUCAAGGCUUCGGGUAAGUCAUCCAAGAAGGCUACGGAGAUCGUCAAGAAGAAACGCGAGCCUGGUGCUCGUUCAGCCAAGAAGAAGGCAAUGAUGCCGGACGACGCAGCGGACGCCAGUGCCCCCAUGGAGCUGUUGGAACGACCAAAGGAGUACAUUGUGCAGUUCAGCUUCCCGGAGACGACGAUCGUAUCGCCGCCUAUUCUUGAAGUGCGUGAGGCCAGCUUCCGCUAUGGUGAGGGUCCGUAUUUGUUCAAGAAUACGGACUUUGGUAUCGACACGACGUCGCGUGUGUGUAUCGUGGGUCCCAAUGGUGUGGGUAAAAGUACCCUGCUCAAGAUGAUCACGGGUGAAGUGACUGUGACGGAAGGAGAGGUGCGUCGUAACCCGCGUGUGCGUCUAGGUAUUUACAGUCAGCACUUUGUGGACAAGUUGCCUAUGGGCGAGACACCGGUGGAGUAUCUGCGUCGUCUGUUCCAGGAUCAAUCGUACCAGCAGGUGCGUAACUUGCUCGGCAAGGUCGGACUGGAGGGUCACGCACACGAGAUCAAGAACCGCUUGCUGUCUGGUGGUCAGAAGGCGCGUGUGGUGAUCGCUGAGCUGAUUCUGAUGCGUCCGCACAUUCUGAUUCUGGAUGAGCCGACGAAUAACCUGGAUAUCGAGUCCAUUGACGCGCUGUGUGACGCUAUUCGCGAGUUUGAAGGCGGCGUGGUGAUCGUGACGCACGACGCGCGUCUGAUUGAGUCGACGGAGUGUGUGCUGUGGGUGUGUGGCGACCAGGACGUGGUCGUGUACGACGGAUCGUUCGAGGACUACAAGCAGUCGAUUCUGGAUGAUCUGCACAAGCAGGCCCAGGCUGAGGAGACGCGUCUUGCCGAGAACGCUGCUAAGAAGGCUGAGGCUCGUGCGCAGAAACUCAAGGGGCAGUCGGCUGCUGCUGUCGAGGCUGAGGCGUAAAUCGCUGCAGUCUGGUAGCUAUAGUGGCGAGGGUUUGCUGUGUAUAGCUGGGAAUUUAGACGCGCGAAUCCGUUGGCGGCGCAUAACUGCAUAUACAUGGAGAUUGUUCAUCAGGUUGAGGUGGCCAUUUCGCAUCCGCCGCACGCUCACAAAUGAUAGUGAUGUAUGCCACACUGAUAUGACUUUAGUGACGCGUCAUUGUUUCGAGGAAAAGCUCAACAAUGGGCCUCUCUAUUUUAGUCAUUAGGAGAAAUUUAUCUGACAGAAAUUUCAACUUGACCAAAUUGACCUCUAAUAUUGAAUUUACCUGACACAAACGAUAUGUGGUA